CGUUGCUGAUAAUUGCUCGCUAGUGGCGUAAUAGUGAAAUUCGCUUACACUUCAUAAUAUUUGUAGUUUUUUUCGUAUCGGAAUAAAUUUCUCGCGACUUGAUUCGAUUUUCUGCAUCUCAAAUCGUCUAAAAGUAUCGAAUAUCGGUUCAAAAUGACCGAAUCCGUGAGUAAGGAGAACGCGAAGAGGAUUUUGGCUGUAUUGCGAUCAAGUGAUGAAAAAAUCAAAGUGUCCGGAUACCGCAAUGUAAUCCUAGUUAUCGGUAAUACAGGCUCAUCAGGUAAAUCCACAUUGACACAUUUCUUGGCCGGAAACAACGACGAACUUGUAUCGAGCGAAGUAGGCGAGAAUUCCGGCGAGUUUAUAAUUUCCAACGAUAAUAAUAACAAGAUCAGCGUGAACUCGAUGGUAAUUUCCAAAACAAUAACGUUUCCCGAAACGAUCGUCGAUGCUGAAAGAAAACUCGUUUUUAUCGAUUGCCCAGGAUUUAACGAUAGUCGCAGCGAAGCUUACGAUAUCGCUGCCCCGUACUUUAUCAAAAAAAUUGUAGAAAACGUAAAAAAUGUGAAAAUCAUCUUGACCGUGAGUUACCCUUCGCUUAGAAAAGGCGUCAAUCGUAUCGAUUUUCUUCAGUUGCUAGAACACGUGGGCAUUUUGAUCAAAAAUAUCGAAAAAAACGUCGACGGAGUUGCCCUUAUCGCGACCAAAGUCGAUAAUACGUUCACUUUUCGAAACUGCGCCGCUUCCAUGGUACCGGACACGUCGAUUAUACUUUCUGUUCUUCAUAAACGUUUAUCGCAAUACGAAAUUCAGAAAGAUACCAAACGCUUUCAUGUUCCGGAAUUCGAAACCGGUUCUGGUCUGCUCGGAAGCUUCGCCGAUUUCAUCAAUUUUUUCAACGAAAUCAGCUCUGCAGAAUUCCUCAAGGUGGCGAAUCUCAAAGAUCUGCAAAAGGUCAACAUCGACGAGACCAAAAUUCGAUAUUUUAAUCGAGCAAUCGAGUCUACUUUGCGAGAUUCUGUCAAUUACUUUGUGGAUAAUGAUACAAUAUUCCAAUCUACAGGCGAAUAUAUUAAAUUGAGCGAUUUGAUCGCCCGUGAAGACAACAUCCGGACUAGAUCUGUACAAAUAUUGGCCAAACAUACGGCGAUAAGAAAAUAUUUAAUAGGAAUAGAGUUCGAGUACUUACUAAUAGAUAAAAAUGAAAAAAUACGUUAUUUUGAUAACUUGAAUAUUAACGAUCUCCACGAUGUUAUUGAAAAGCGGAAAAAUAUAAAUAAUCCUUUUUUGUGCCAAGAUGAUUAUGGUAUCAAGGCUGGAUACUGGUAUAUAGAAGGCGACGAACGUUUUUCUAUGCGUGGUGUGUUAACUAAACAAAUAAUAAAAGGCAUUGAAAUAAGAACGCCUCCUUACUCAUCAAUUAACGAUGCGAUAGAUGGGCUUUUGAAUAUAGAAAAAGAUCUAUCAAUAUGCUUAGCACAAUGCGAUCUAAAACUAGCGAUCGCUGCCUUUAAUCCAGUAGCUAGAAAAUACAAAUAUCAGCCACCACUAAAUGAAUGGGAAAUAUCGAAACGAGAAAAAAAUCCAGAAUUUAUUAACACUGAUAUAGCAUUACUUACUUAUGGGCCAGAUAUUAAUAUAUCCGUACCACAUAUGAGCGACAAGGAUAUAAUUACUGCUGUUCAAAAACUUAAUUACUAUGCUCCAGAGAUUGUAGUCUUGACGUUAAAUGCCCCUUUUUAUCGAGAAAAAAGAUGGAAAGGUUUAUCUAAACGAACCUUUGAUCGAGCAAACUUCAGACCGGCUUGUAAAGGGUAUAUCAAUGGAGGAAAUACAUUGAACAUUUCUUUUAUUCAUGCUGCUGAAAUAGCAGCAGAGCAUGGUAGGAUUGAAUUCAAAGCGUUUGAUGCUACCCCUUCACUACCACUCUUAAAAUCUUGUUCUUCUUUAAUAUUAGGGUUAAUUAUGGAUAAGUCUUUAUUUUAUAAAAAUGAAGUGAGAAGUGCGAAUGAUUUUCAAGAGGUUUCAAUUAACCCAUUCGCUAAUCGGAAAACAAAAAAAAUCAUAAGUAAUUUAUUGCAAGCCGCUCAAUAUGCCUUGAUAGAAAAUGAAUUAUUCCAAGAAGCGAAAGGAAUUGAUUUUUUAUUUUACCUGCUAGAAGAAAAAAUGAUACCCGCCUACGAUACUAUAAGAUUAAAUGAAAAAAAUGGAAAAAUGAUACACUUGGGUGGUCUUGGUAAGUAAAAAUGCGAAUGUAGUCAUCGUUGAGUUGUAAAAUGGAUUUCUAAUGCAAUUUUUUUAAAAAUAGAUAUUUUAAUAAGAUGAAACCAUAUUUUUAAUAAUUUCAUGAAACU